AUGUCGCGUACCUCAGCAGGUUUUGCAGACUUCUUUCCCACCGCCCCAUCAGUUUUACAGCAGAAACGCAAAGCCACCCAGGACAGGCCUCAUACCAAAGUCCAUCUGGAUGAAGAUAUUGACCACGAAAAACUCGCAUAUUCUGCGGAGCCUCAAAAUGCGAUUGAUUCAAGUGUCUACCAUACAAGCGCAGCCUCAAAAAGUGGUCUCCCCAGGGAAAAGAGAUAUACAGCAUCCGGUACGAUCCCAGAUGAAUCGACCAGUUUGACCAACAAGAGUCAUUCAACACCUAGCGCUGCCGCAGCACCUACCCCCGUAGCGUUCACUAACGAAGGACGCUUGGAUACGCUUACGCCAUCUACCAAUGUAGUGUCCUCCCCCGCGCGGAAGUCCAGCCCAGGACGAGCUAAAAAAUGGGCCACGUCGCAUGAAACAAAGCCAGCAAACACCUUGCUGCAAACCCCGCCAACACCACAGUCGCAGGGACAGGGACGGUCGAUAGGAACCCUCAGAGGAUGGAAAAUUGUUUCGGACCCUGAAAUUGAGAAGAAAACGUCACGAGACAAGCGCAAGAAGGCCCGCUAUGUGGAAAUCCUAUGCAGCGAACAGGAUGAUAGGCCGCCAGAUCCUCGACUCCUCAUACUGAAUUAUGCGCGCGGUGCUGGCUGCAAGCAAAAAACAAAGUAUCGUCCGGCGCCAUAUACAUUGCGACAAUGGUCGUAUGAUGUAUCUACCACCAUCGGGCCUGGGCCUCCAGUUCAGAUAGUGGUUACCGGCUUCGACCCCUUAACUCCAAUCGCGCCAAUCAGUGCUCUAUUCUCUAGCUUUGGAGAGAUCGCGGAAAUAAACAAUCGUACCGAUCCGAUUACUGGGAGAUUUCUGGGAAUCUGUUCCGUGAAGUAUAAAGAUAGUGCCUCUUUCCGAGGAGGCGGCCCUUUACUCGCAAUAAAUGCUGCAAGACGAGCAUAUUAUGAGUGCAAGAAGGAACAGCGGAUUGAAACUCGAAGAAUCCGAGUUGAGCUGGAUCGAGACGGCGUUGUCUCAGACAGAAUUGUGUCACGAGCGAUCGACUCCCAGAGGAUGGGUUACAAGAAUACACUUUCGAUUGCCGAAGACACAAAGCCCAGUACUCCCCACAAUGAGCCGCCGCCGACAGCCCCAAAAGGCCCGUCAGGGAGGUCUUCGACACGUCCCAUACCUGCGAUUCCCGAUGGACCAAGGGCUAGCUUCUUCAAAUCAGUUGUACCAUCAUUAGUCGAGGAAAUACCCAUCCUAAGUCAGAUCAAGCGAGACCCAUAUAUUUUCAUUGCGCACUGCUACGUUCCGGUACUUAGUACCACCGUUCCUCACCUGAAAAAAAGGUUGAAAGUCUUCGAUUGGAAAGAUAUCCGUUGCGACAAAACAGGCUAUUACAUCAUUUUCGAAAAUUCCAGGCGAGGUGAAGAAGAAACAGAACGUUGCUAUCAGAUGUGUCACAUGAAACCUUUGUUUACUUACAUCAUGAACAUGGAAAGCCAGCCCUACGGAAACCCGGGCUACGAGCGCAGUCCCAGCCCGCAACGGCUUCAGGCAGAACAGCGUGAACGGGCUAGGUUGGAUAGGAUCAAGAGAGAAGCCGAAUUGGACGUCGAAGAAGAAAAGAGACAAAGAGCAAUUGAUUUGGAUCCAUGCAAGGAAGUGGUAGCAAUCAUACUUCGAGACUUGAAAGAUAAAUUGCUUGAAGACGUGAAGUCUCGGAUCGCUGCCCCGACUCUGUAUGACUAUCUUGAACCAGAUAGACAUGCGACGAGAAGAGAACAGCUGGGUAUUCGGGCCCCAGAAGGCGCCAAGAAGCCUCUGUUUCGCAUUGACCUAAGCAGUCCAGCUGCGACACCUGAUUCACGUUCAGAGCUAUCCUCAACCCGUCAUCCUUUCCGCUCUUCGAACUUGAGCAUCCUUGCACUUCCACGUAUAAGGAAGACUCACCGUCUUAAUCACACAGACGCCGCUUUUUUGGACGAGAGACGCAAGCAGCCCCUGCGGAAGAAGGAGGUUCGACCUCUUUAUCAUCGUCUACAACAACUACAUCACGUGGAUGACUCCGACGAAGAUCAAAGGACGCCCUUCACGAGAGACACCGAUGAUCCAGACAGUCGUGCACCGAGUCGGAUGAGUUCAGAGUCUUCGGAUUCUGAAGAUAUUGAUGAAUCCGCAGUCGAAGACUUUAAGGCAUCUGCCUUGGAUAAGGUUGGCGAUGGCGAGGGUUCGUGCAGUGCACAUCGGGAGGGAAAUGUUGGUGCCUUGAUGGAAUCGGUCAACGAUGCCUCGGUUGCUUCGUAUAGUGAACAUCACGAACUUUCUCCUGCCCCCCGCAAGAGGAAAAGGGAUAAUGACAAGGUCAAUGCGCAAAAGAGGCAGAAAGAGGACGAGGAUUUCCCCGAAAGCCGACAGCAUGAAGACCUUGUUGAGCGGCAUUUGGGCGUGGAAUCAUCCAUCAACAUCGAAACUAUUAGGGAAGAUGUCGCUGGUGAGAGUUUCCUUCUGACUACUGAAGCUGAUUCUAGGGAGCUCGCAAAGCGGGCAGUAGACCCUGCUGUGCUUGUGCGCUCACGACUCCCCGUGGAGGCCAAAUCUCUUGACGAGGACCACGGUUGCGAUUUGAGUUUCGCUCAAAAUAUUGACGUUCAACGAGAACCGGCAAGAACCGAGGUUGAAUGGAAGGUUUCUAACGACGAGCCUCGCCCGACAGUUGAAGAUGACGAAGCAAUUGUGCUAGAUCUUGAUGGGUGGCAAAGUUUGAUCAAAGACGGGGAAGACUUGCGAUUCCUACGUGAUGUAUUGGAGGGAUCACCCGUAUCUAGCGUUGGAAGUCUUUCUGCUUGGGCCUGGAGACAAAAGGAAAUCAAAGCGCUCAAUCGUCCUGGAGAGGCGGGCCCCGUGCGCGAAACAACAAGUAUACUUGGCUAUUACGUUUCCAACAUCACAGGAGCUGCAAGAACCGAGGGAAGAAAGAAGAUUUUGGAGUCAGAAAAGUCAAAAUAUUUGCCGCAUCGCAUCAAAGUUCAGAAAGCCCGUGAAGAACGAGAGGCGAAGGCGAAUAAUGACCCUCACAGUGUUGCUGUCGAGGCCGCGAGAAUUGCCGCAGCCAAAACAAUAUCCAAGUCAACAUCCAGGUCGACAAGAGUCAAUAAUCGCCGACUUAUCGCGGACAUCAACGCACAAAAGCAAUCCCUACCAACGCAAAGCGGUGAUGGCGAUGUUCUUCGUUUCAAUCAGCUGAAAAAGCGGAAAAAACCAGUCCGCUUUGCUCGUUCUGCGAUUCAUAAUUGGGGUUUGUAUGCGGAAGAGAAUAUCUCGGCUAAUGAUAUGAUCAUUGAAUACGUGGGCGAGAAGGUCAGACAGCAGGUUGCAGAUAUGAGGGAGAGGCGGUACCUGAAGAGUGGCAUUGGCAGCAGUUACCUCUUCCGUAUAGACGAGAACACGGUUAUCGACGCCACAAAGCGAGGCGGCAUUGCAAGAUUUAUCAACCACAGCUGUACACCCAACUGUACUGCCAAGAUCAUCAAAGUGGAUGGCAGUAAAAGAAUCGUUAUAUAUGCGUUGAGGGAUAUUGAAAGAGAUGAAGAGCUUACGUAUGACUAUAAAUUCGAAAGGGAGUGGGAUAGCGAUGACCGAAUCCCUUGUCUCUGCGGUUCCACUGGUUGCAAGGGCUUUCUCAAUUGAUGACAUUACACCAUUGAGGCUACAAAUCCUGGACUCUGGGGCAGAUUUCGCGAAGAUGUUUGGUCAAGAACUUCAUAUUAAGUUGCUGCAUGAAGCAUUCACGGCUAGACAGCAAGUAGCAGGAAUUUGACGGCGCCGAACAUUCUAGUACAUUUUAGGGUCAGGACUCUUAUUGAGGUUAAAGGACUCGUCCAACAUAGGUAUUAGUCGGGUCGACUGCAUCGUCUCAUGUCCCAUCAAACCCGUGCAUAAUAUCAGUUGUGAUACAAACAUUCAAUACACAACCAAGGGAGUCUCUGCAUCCUUUCAGAGAGGUAAACAGGGCAAUCUUUUCUCCGGCAACAUCAUAGAAAAGUCCCCA